AUGAGCUUUCCACCACCUGGAGCUGGCCAGUAUCCACAUUAUAUACCGCCACCGCAGUACCAGCACGGACAAGUUCCCCCGCAGAUACUGUACAAUAAUGCCGGUCCUCCGCCGUCUCCAUACGAUGGGUAUGGCAAGCCGAACAUGUAUGCUUCGGCCAUGAUGCCAUAUCCUCAGUAUCCGUCUACAUAUAUGCAACAGCCUCAAACGCAACCGCAGCAUUCGCAUCCUCCGCAAACUCCCCCUCAGCAGCGGCCUCAAUUACCACAGCAAGCCAUCCAACCACGGCCGCAGCCUGGACCAAGAAUCCUUCCCCAGGUACAAUCACCUCCUCAACCACGGGCUCCUGCACCUCCACCUGCACCGCCGCCUCAGGUCCAACAUGAGGAACCGCCGCCUCAGUUCAUCAAUCCGGCUCAAUUGUUUGUCCAACAACCUAUACCUACGGCACCACGAUCCCGAUAUACUCAAAUUUCUCCUCAAUAUGGGGAACCACAAAUGCCUCCACCUGCAAGCCCUUCUCAUAUACAACCAUCUUCGUCGCUAGCCCCGCAACCAUCCCCUUCUGUGCAAGUGGCUCCACCCUCUAUCAGUCCCAAGCCUGACACCCAACCCGCCCAACUACAAGCACACGGUUCUAUGCCAACACCACAACCCCAGCUCCAGCCCAAACCAACCCCAAAACCAAAGCCCAAGUCCAAGCCGAUCAUCAAGAAUGAAUCAAAACUGCCCCAGAUAUCCCCUAAAGUACGGCCCCAGCAAGUCCAGACAACCCCUGUUGCAACACCGAAAUGGAAUCCGCCCGCUCCUUCCCCCGUGGGACAUGCUGAACCGAAAGUGAUGAUUCCAACACCUUCACCUCGACAACCUGUGCCGCAGGUGAUGAUUCCAGCUCCAUCACUGGACAUCAAAGCCAGCAUGAAGCCGCAAACGCAGCCCUCGAAUAACCAAUCUAAGCCACCUCAGACGGAUAAAAGACUUAGCCAGCAAUCGGCUGAUAAGGUUGGGAAGGCUGCGACUGCCAAUAUUUCAAAACCUCCGGUCGACUAUCAGGUUCUCCUACUGUCGUUGGCCGAUGAAUAUCUCAAUGCUGCCCAUGCUUGUGGCACGACGACAUCAAUGGCCAGCAGUAAUACCGAUGUCGAAGAGUAUUACAAACUAAUUGCUACUGGGCUUGGGUGCCUAGAGGCUGUCUUGAAGAACUGGCGGCUACAACCCCGAAAGGAAGCUCUUGUUCGACUUCGAUAUGCACGUACACUAUUUGAGGAGACAGAUAAUGACAUUGAGGCGGAAACCGCGUUGAGCAAAGGAAACCGUAUGCUUGAUCUCAAGUAUAGCAUGCAACAUCUCCUGGCCAGGAUGCUUCACAAGACUAAUUCCAAAGCUUCCCUGAAAGCUGUCGAUGGCAUGAUUCAAGACGUGGAGGCAUACCGACAUGCUGCAUGGGAGUACGCCUUCCGUUUUCUUCGAGUCACCUUGUCACUCUCAUGUCCAUCGCACCAAGAUUCUGUUCAAGCUCUACACCAUCUUCACAAAAUUUCAGCGAUGGCUAGCCGCAACGGCGAUAAAGCCGUGUCAGCAAUGGCGGCUGUUAUUGAAUCCUUGGCGCACCUGCAGCAAGGCACAAGUUCCGAUUCCAUCGAGCAGGCGCAGCGUGCUGUGGCUACUGCACGGAGCCAUCAGCUCAACGACGAGCUUCGCCACAUACCCCAGCUUACAACCAUGAUCCAGAUGGUGGAUAUCUGCUGCAGUGUGCUGGAAUAUGAUGUUAAUCAGUCCGGGCAGAAGUUGAAAGUCAUGCAGGCCUUAAUGGACGAAACCCUCAGUGACGGAAACUGGCGACAGGAUGGGUCUUUCGCCGUCCCACUAAAUGGAAAAUCUGCAGGGCCGUCGUCCAUCGACACAGGUGACAUAUUGCAGGUCCAGAACGGAACUUUGCUUCUCAGCUUCAACUGGCUUCCUCAGCAUGACCUCUACACCCUUUGCUAUUUCUUGAGCUCUAUGACGCUUAGCGCCAAAAACUCAUAUGACGGCCGCAAAGCGGAAAAGUACCUCGAAGAAGGACUGAAAAUGGUUCAAAGCAGCUUCAAGGCGCCCCAAGCGAUCCCCGAAUCCAUGGCCACGGCUAAUCGCCGAGUUCAAUGGCGGCAGACCCUUUACUGCAACUUGUUACUCCAACGUGUUUUCCUGGCAUGCUCUCGGACCGACUGGGAUCUGGCAAGACAGACCCUUAAUGACCUGAAAGAAGUUUUCCAAGAGCUGGGGUCGACUCUUCCGUACACCAUCGAAUGCUUGAUUGAAUAUGCCGCUGGAACUAUCGCCCAGGCCACAGGCGAUCUCACCACCGCGCUGAACAUCUUCCAAUCACCACUCCUAUCUCUCGAUCCUACCACUAGCAGAGCAUCCCGCAACGACCCCUGUCGAGACACAUGCAUUCUUGCCACACUGAACACAGUCCUCAUCAUUCGCGAUCCAAACCACCCGUCGCAUCACCUGUUGACCUCUUACAUGGCCACCCUCGACACGUUCUGCAAAGGCACCCCCAACAAGUAUAUACAGGCCGCCUACUUCCUAGUCUGCGCAACUGUGCAGUCCGAGUCGACCAUCCAAACCAAGCAAUUCCUACAGCAAGCCCUCCAAUCCGCGACCUCUAUCAGCAACAGCCAGAUCACUUGCAUGACACUCACGUUUAUGAGUUGGAAGUAUUUCCGCGGUGUGGUUGGUGAGCAAGCGGAGAAGAGCGCGCGCGCUGGCAGGGCAAUGGCCAAGCGUGCCAAUGAUCGUCUUUGGGCAAGUGUCACUGAUGACAUGCUGGCAGAAACUUUGGAGCGACAGGGCAAGGGCGAAGAAGCCCAGAGUGUUCGUGAAGAAGGUCACCGUCUAGUCGCAGGCCUCCCGCCUCGUCUCAGACGUUCGACUUAA